ACAAAAAUAAAACUGCAACAAAAACGCGCGCGAUAGUGUGGGGAAAAACGGCCGGCGAGUAUAUAAACCGCGUGGAAGGGCAACACUUGCAUCAGAGAACCAGUUGACAGUCGAUUGUUGCAACAAAUCGCCGGCGUCGCGUUCAAUUAAAGCAGAAGCCAAACAAAGGAUUCAGUGUUGUGUAGCAGUGCGUUAGACAGCGAGCAAAAAAAACGUACAAAAAGGAGUUAAGUAAGGGCCAAGAGCACCCAGUCAAACAACAAAAAACACCACCGACAAUGGCAACGCAGAUGCCAAAGUUUCGCGCGGAAACGGACGAUUGGACCGUGUACCGUGAGAUUCUGGAGGAGUUCUACGAGGCGAACGGGAUCGCACCAACAGCUCGCGUGCGCGUACUGAUCAGUGUGAUCGGUAAGGCGACGUACGCGACCCUUCGCAGUCUCUGCCACCCGCAAUCACCGAAGGACAUGGCGUACGAGACGUUGUGCGGUUUGCUCGAGCGCCAUUACACCCAGGAAGUGGCCAUUUUCCGUCGGCGAGAGUGUUUCUACCGUGCGGAGCAACGGUGCGGUGAAAGUGUGAAGCAAUGGUACGCUCGUUUGAAGAGCCUCGCGAUGGAGUGCGAAUUUCCCGAGCGCCAGCUGGAGUCGGCGUUGCUGGAUAGGUUUGUGAUCGGGUUGAUGGCGGGACCGGUGCGUGAGAGCUUGUACGAAGAGCUGCCGCAGGAGUUGGAGCUUGAGAGGGCGAUCGAACAGGCGGUGGCGAAGGAAACGGCCACGGUUCAGGUGGAAGAAAGUGAGCGGAUUGCGCAUGAGUUCGCCAGGAUGGAGUUGGAACGUGACAGGAGACAUGGUGGUCGGCAUCGGUGGCAUGGACGGCAUAUGCCUGGAUGUGGGAGAUCUGCACCGUAUGGUCCUUGGAUCUUUGGGCGAGAUGGUGACCUGCAUCGAUAUCUUCAGCAUCGUCCGCACGGUCACGGAGGGCAUGCUUUUGGAGGAUGGAUGGGAAGAGCUGGUGGGAUGGGUAUGCACCGGCACCACGGAUUUGGACCUGCGGGAGAAGGAUGUCAUGGCAAGAUGCCCGAGUUUGGGCAUCAUGGACGGCCGCGUCAUCUCGAGAGGAAGUGUAGACGACACCACCAUCGCAGGAGUUCUUCGAGCAGUAGUAGCAGCAGCAGCAGCAGCAGCAGCAGCAGUAGCAGUGGUUCGAGUGACUCGAGUUCGAGCUCUUCCAGUGCGGAUCCAAAUGCAGCAGCAGCUCGCAGCGAACAGAACAGCGUUGAAAAGCGGCAUAAGAAGAAGCACCACAAAAAGUGCCUUGUGGAAGGCAAACACCAUGGCAAACGUUACUGCAAGCACAGCAAAGGGCACUUCAAACGGCACGCUAAGUGGGAAGGUAAACGCCAGCAUGGACACGAACACGGAAAAUGCCGCAGACACCGUAAGCAGCCGAAGGACAUCGUAUCGGUGGAUGAGCCGAUUGAAAUUGUGUGCGAUUUAGUUGAGGAAGGCACCGAUGGGCAGUAGAUGCAUUGCAGAGUAGAUGAAAAAAUCUCUUUUUCCUUUCAUACCAUGAUAACAUGUAACAAGCGCUAACCAGUAAUAUCAAUAAGUAUGCCAUCAUCAAAAAGAGCCCACAAAAAAGAAAACAGUGACAAAAAAAAGAAAUAAAAUAACAAAAACGAUGGCGAACAAAAAAAUGAUAAUGAUGCAAAUAAAGCAUAUAGAGAAAGAAAAAAAAAUGCUGAGAAAUGUACGCCUUACAAAUCACAUUGAUUGCCGGGCUAUAAAUAAUGCUAGCGAAAAAAAUAGUACUACGAAUUUAUAAAGAAAUAUGAGUAUUUACAGUAUAGUAUAUGAGAAAGAAAAAAUGCUAAGAAAUGUAGCCUUACAAAUCAUAUUGAUUACCGAGCUUUGAAAAAUGUUACCAAAUUGAAAAAUUGAACAAUGAGUAUAUGAAAUAAUGAAACGUAUUCAAAUAUAAAUUGGCAUAAUCGAAUAAAUAUAAAU